UAAUGCAGACAACAAACCUGACGUCAACGUCAACUGUGGGGCCGGAAGUGCUACUUUAUUGUCGGCUAACGAGAACAAUAGUAAGGAAUAUUAAAUCAUAUUAUCGCAAUUGUUACAAUAAGUCCCCGUUUUAACUAUCUAAAAAAUUACUUAACUCCAAAACUGUUUGGCUCCGUUGUUUUGCGCGGUUAUGUUAACAAAUAAGCAGAAAUGGCGGUGUUAGCCUUAGCGUGCAGUGACCAACUCGUUCUGUAGAAAUCAAUGGAUAAGCGCUGGUGCACGAGAACCUAGUAUUUACAACUUCUGCGAAGCGUCACUUUACAGCAUUUCAAACAUGGCUACCGGCGCUGAUGUGAGGGACAUUUUGGAGUUGACUGGCGGAGAUAAUGAUGCCCCGAUCAGUAAGAAGGACCUCAUCAAUUCUGACAAGAAAAAAUCCAAGAAAACAAAUGAAACGCUGACCUUCAAGAGGCCGGAGGGAAUGCACAGAGAGGUCUAUGCGCUGCUGUAUUCUGAUAAAAAAGAUGCACCACCGCUCCUUCCUAGUGACACUACCCAGGGCUACAGGACAGUCAAAGCCAAGCUGGGCUGUAAAAAGGUUCGACCCUGGAAGUGGAUGUCCUUCAGCAAUCCAGCUCGAAGGGAUGGUGCCAUAUUUCACCACUGGCGACGGGUGGCAGAGGAAGGCAAAGACUACCCUUUUGCCCGCUUCAACAAGACAGUGCAAGUACCCGUGUACUCCGAGCAGGAAUACCAGCUGCAUCUCCAUGACGACGGCUGGACUAAAGCAGAGACGGACCACCUGUUUGAUUUGUGUAAACGCUUUGACCUGCGCUUUGUAGUAGUCCACGACCGCUACGAUCACCAGCAGUACAGAAAACGGUCCGUAGAAGACCUCAAAGAGCGCUACUAUAGCAUUUGUGGCAAGCUGACCAAGGUCCGUGCACCUUCAGGGACAGAGCCCAAGAUCUACAUCUUUGACGCUGGUCAUGAAAAGCGACGCAAAGAGCAGCUGGAUAAACUCUUCAAUCGUACACCUGAACAAGUGGCAGAAGAAGAGUAUCUGAUCCAAGAGCUGAGAAAGAUCGAGACAAGGAAGAAGGAGCGGGAAAAGAACGCUCAGGAUUUGCAGAAACUCAUAAAAGCUGCCGACACCACCACGGAGUUGAGACGAGCCGAAAAGAGAGUUUCCAAAAAGAAACUUCCACAAAAAAGAGAAACGGAGAAACCAGCUGUUCCAGAGACAGCAGGCAUCAAAUUCCCAGACUUUAAAUCUUCUGGAGUUACACUGCGCAGCCAGAGGAUGAAACUGCCAGGAUCUGUGGGCCAGAAGAAGAUCAAGGCAAUUGAGCAGAUUCUUGUGGAUCAGGGAGUGGAUCUUAAUCCAAUGCCGACAGAAGAAAUUGUGCAGAUGUUCAACGAGCUGCGAAGCGAUCUGGUGCUUCUUUACGAGCUGAAGCAGGCACACAGCAAUUGUGAGUACGAACAACAGAUGUUGCGCCACCGCUACGAAGCUCUGCUGAAGGCUGGCAACGGAGGCGCAUGCAGCAUUAUGGCGACAUCUGCAUCGCAAGUCGUAGAACCCAGUGGCGCCAACAGCAUGACUGCAUCGACUCCGGUGGGAGAAGCCCAGGCGUGGCCUGGCACUGAUGACAUUAAGAUUGAAGCCAAGGAGCAGAUCAUUGACGUGGUGGGAGCUCCACUGACACCCAAUUCGCGCAAACGGCGAGAAUCUGCAUCUAGCUCUUCAUCAGUGAAGAAGGUGAAGAAGCCUUGAUGAGGACUGAACUGGACUCUACAAAAUGGGCACGGGAACAAAGGCUCACCUUAAGAAAACAUGACGGCUGCGAGACAAGGCAGAGCAGGAUGCCUCACGCAGUCAAAAAUGCAACUUCCCAGCUACUAAUGGCACCUACCUGACCCAUCCAAGCUCGGGCUGCUCACCAUCAUUGGGACAAAGGCGACGACUGAGUGACAUUUCAUUCCAUUACUGCUUUCCUACCCGUUUUGCCAAUGUUGAGCUUUAGAUGAAGAAAGAUCAACUGUAAAUUGCCAGGCUAAGCUAAUCGUGACAUGGUGAAGAAAAUGGGAAUGACUUGGUAAUUGAAAUGAAUUGGAAUGAAAGAGGAGCAUUUGGAUUGGGAAGACCAUGUUUCGGUAGCCCAUUAAUGCUGUAAUGUUGAGUGGAGAUGCUUUUUUUUAUACUGAUGUAGUUUCAACUAGCUCUGCUACCAUCAUUUUGGACAAAUCUCAUUUUGUGUUCCAAUGACCUUGAUGAUGCUUUACUCAAUGUUUCAAUAAACCUCAUUGUGCUGUUUCA